CAAUCGGGAAUCGUAUUCAACAGUAUUCAAUUAGACGUUUGGAUCGCACGCUGUCUAUUUUGAGGCUCCAAAACAUUCGUUUCUCAGCAAUUUGUUAAGAAUUAGUGUAAAACUUUUCAAAAGUGCUCCAUCUAACGCUGUACACGAUAUUCUACUACACUGCAACAAAUUCAAAAUGAAAGUCACGAUAAAAAGUUGGACCGGAGUCGCCACCUGGCGAUGGAUAGCGAACGAUGACAAUUGCGGUAUAUGCAGGAUGCCCUUUGACGCAAGUUGUCCGGAUUGCAAAAUUCCUGGAGACGAUUGUCCUUUGGUUUGGGGCCAAUGUUCGCAUUGCUUCCACAUACACUGCAUCAUGAAGUGGCUGCAUUCCCAGCAAACCAGUCAUCUAUGCCCGAUGUGUCGUCAAGAAUGGAAGUUCAAGGAGUAGCUGGUUUCUCGACGGUCCCGCAGGUGUCAGCACGCAACGAAUAAUCAGGUUUACGGUAUAUCUCUCUUAGGAUAUAUUUAGUAGGAGCAAUCGAGAACGAAUGUCGCGCUGUUGGAGCCAUUCUGUCGAGUCAUUUCUAACUUUACCACGUAAAUGAAAGAAGGACUAAGGCGGAGGUGUUUGCGCGCGCCCCUUUAAUUCUCCCCAACUGUUUACCCUGUCCCACUCGUACGACUUCGGUAUACUUUACGAAACUCGUUUGAAACCGAUCGUAGAACCUUUCUCGGCUACAAAACAAAAGCUUACGAUUAAUCUUCCCCAUAGAUCGUGGACGAUUUCGAAACCCCUCGACAACACCUGUGAAUUAAUCCCCAAUAUUUGCGAUACGUUCUCCGUUCGAACGAUUCGACCGUGUCCUUUAGUUAGGUUUGGGUUAAGACUGGGUUAGAAAAAUGGCAUUAUCGGCUUUCCAGUUGUUGUUGUUGGGCAAUCUCGUUGAAUCUCCAUAAAUGCACUGAUCCUAUGCAACUAGGCCACUAUGCAGAUGCACACAGGUGCGCGCGAGCGAUCAGAGGAACUCCGGGCGAAAUUGCAAGGUGCGACCGAACUGUAUCGAAAGGCAGCCAAUUUGCACCGUAUUGCAACUCGGCGACGCCGACGCGACGCGUCGGUGUGAUUCCCCGCAUCGCACGCUUACAUAAUAGUCCGCCUCGACAGUUUUGCUCGUCGCGCGGUGCACGAUACCGUGAACGGCAGUGGCGUAGCUAGAUUUUUCGAGAAACCGUUCCGAACCAUCUAUCUUUACUAAAAAGUACUCCCGACCUUUGCUGUCGUGUGCCAGGAGGUAACUACGCACCUGAGACAGAAAUGCGUUAUUCAACGCCACUCGAUUCACACCUCCCCGCGUAUUCAGCGAAUUUACUUCCUGCGGCAGGGAAGAUGUUAUUUAACGCAAUCGAAUUUCGCCUGCCACGCACCAGAACGGAACCGUUCCUCUGGUAUCCGUCUGGGUUAAAAGAUAACAUCAGGAAUAAAAGCAACAUAAUUUUAAAACCAAAAGGAAUCGAGUAUUUUCAGAUUUAUUCAACUACAUGUAAACCAGUUUAACGUACAGAAGACAAGAUAUUUGUUCGUAUCGAGUAUUCGGUAACGAUUCCUUGGGUCAAUCAUGUAAACGAGUAAAUUAAGAUUUUGUUCCCCUCGGUGUACCACAAUGCAAAGAUGUUAAUCCGCGCUUCGUACGGAAGAAUUAGGGUGAAAGUAGAACGAGUUGCUCUUGUCUACGACUGGAAAUAGAGUGUGAAGAAAAUUUAAAUGUACGCAGAUAAUCGUGUAACGUCGGUGAACCGUGAUAAUUUAUACAUAUCUGCGUUAUGGUAUCACUCGUGCAGCGUGAGUGAACUUUUACUGGAAAGAGGAGAUAAGAAUUUAAUUACAAUAAAUGCAUACGUUUCUGUCGUAACCUUAUACAAGGUGUUGCAUUCUAGCCUCGAAAUAUCAGAAGCACGUCCACCAUAAGAUCAUCAAAAGGAGUCUAAGUGACUCCGAAACAGUCUAAGUUGUUAAAAGUUUCAAAUGGGAUUUCAUUUCAUGUAUUCCAGAACAAUGUAUACUAUAAUUUUUACUAGAACGAUAUAAAUAAUUGCAAGCUUUCGUGCUACACUUAUUCGAGUCCCAGGAAACCGUUUGGGAAAGGUUGGAAUAGACAAUGCACGCAAUCCACGUAUUACGAGAUAGCGGAGUUCCGACUACUUUUAUAAAAUUAUAAUUAAUCCUUAAUUGCUAACCCCGUGAAGAAACUUACGUUACACAGUUGUCAUAAAUGUGGAUCACACGUUUUCCCAUGGGAGCAACGAAGGUACAAAAUGUCGAGUUAAAUUAGAAUGAAAAUCAGUAAAUAAAAUCAGUAAAUAAAAUCAGUAAAUAAAAUCGUUUUUAUUAGAAUUGCAUCAGGUAUUGUUGCAUGUUAUACGUGUCAAGGAAAACGAUACGGGUUUCAGCGGGGUUCUGGGUGGUUUGCGCGGGUUCGGGAGCAGGGAACGGACCUUCGCGAAGCAAGGAGAGACCUAAUGGGCCCCUUCCCUUUUUCUCCUUCUCGUUCCUACCGGCAACUUCUUUCUCCUUUUUCUUCCGUGUUCUGGUCCCUCCGUGGGUUAUUCUCUCACGUGGUAUCACGACGAUCCUGAGCACGAUAUUACAAGCGCUGCACACUUACGGUAUCUUGUGGCCAGCUGAACCAAAAACAAACCACGUGAACCCUCCACUACGCGAAUUUUAAUUUUGCCUUUCACCGAACAAUGUGUCUCAAUCUGCAGGACUGCUAUAAAUAUCUCCAAGGAACGAAUGAACAAACAUAAUGCAACCAAUUUCAUCUUGAAAAACAUGAAAAAUUGAAAGAAAAUUACCGCUCGCAACACCUUCGCGCCUUCGACUUCUUCGCCAAGUUUUUCUCGACCCUCUUCCUCGGCCGCCGAGAUCAGAACGCGACAAAGUCGCAUAUUUUCGUUCCUGCGUCCAGCGAGUGCCAUGAAUCGCAAAGUACCAUAAGUGCCAAAGUACCAUGCAGUGCUUCACGCGAUUCACGGUAACUCCUUCUUUCCCCUUUCCGUCGACUUAACAUUUCCAUCGGUCCGUUCCACUCUCUACGCCACAGCUUACUCAUCCUCUCUCGCUUGUAUCAUUAUUCUCAUUCACUCGCUAUACGUGGCCUCAUCUUUCGUCUCUCUCACUCAUUGCGCGUAAUCGCGUACGCACACCAGUUCGAUCACUCUCCUCCUGCUUUUUACACUCUUUUCUGUCCCCCCACUUCUCGCCCGUGUCUCUUUCUACCGCAUACGCAUAAACAACCGCACUCGCGCGCACACGAACACAUAUACGAGGGCUAGAGAUGCACGUAAGUCCAACAAUUUAUUUGCAAUGUUUACGGACAGUUUUGUAAUAAUUUCGAUAUUGAUUAAUUUCUAUUUUGCUGACAUUUAUCUCGCAAAAUCUAUUAACGUAAUCCCUCGGCAAUGAUUAAUUUCGAGUAAGACCAAAAGGUUACCAUGAAUCGAGGAUUAAAUGAGAAAAAUUACGAAUGGUCUAUGCGAAAACAUACUUAAAUAAUUGCAAAAUAUAUAAAACAAGCGAGUAAACUUCAAACCUCCAACGUCCAGGGCUACGUCACGAAGCAUGAUCAUCCAUCCUCUAGGUGUACACUCCCUGUCUCUCUUGCACUAUAACUGCACGUUUCUUCGUUCCCUCCCUCGAUCCUCUAUCUCGUUCUUAUCGUUAGUUGGGCUCUCUCGUUAUCCAUACCACUCUAUCUCGACCGUCCCACCUUCUCCGCGUCCCUCUCACUCCCUCGCACACAAUCGCAUGCAAUCGUGCACACGUACAGCACCCGCGGAGGUAGGCACUAGCGAUGGGACCAAGUCCAACUGAAAUUGGAAUCGAAUCCGACACUUAGGACUUCGAUACUACUCGUAAGA